AUGUGCCAGGGCGGGAACUUCGCACGCCAUAAUGGCACUGGAGGCAAGUUCAUCUAUGGGGAGAAGUUUAAUGAUGAGAAUUUCAUCUUGAAGCACACGGGUCCUGGCAUCCUGUCCAUGGCCAACGCGAACAGUUCCCAGUUCUUCAUCUGCACUGCCGAGACCGAGCGGUUGGAUGGCAAGCAUGUGGUCUUCGGCAAGGUCAAAGAGAGCAUGAACAUCGUGGAGGCCAUGGAGCGCUUUGGGUCCAGGAACAGCAAGACCAGCAAGAAGAUCACCAUGGCUGACUGUGGGCAGAUCUAA